UGAAAUCACAAAAAACGUACUUUCGCCUGAUUUUAUGCAUCAAAGUUAGCAAAACAAGUUAUUGGGUGCUGAGCAGUUUCCUCUAACUGUAAUAUGAGGCUUCAAUAUAGCAUUGUGAAGUAAUAUUACUGAGGUGGGUUUUGGGUCAGUUUUCCCUAUCUCGUGGUAAAUCCCUUAUGAGUCAUGCGUGUGUCAAGCGUCGAGUGCCAGUGUGUUUCGAGCUCGCACCUUGAGCGAUUCUUCUGCGACUAGCAGCCAUGUUCGGCCGCGACUGGGACGACGACGACUGGUUCGAGAAGGUGCGCAAGGAAAAUCAAGACCAUUUCAACACGGUUGUUGUUGAAGACAAUUUCGUUGCAACCCGCAACAUGGCUCUGACAGUGUUUGCGGUCGUGGCGUUCGUUCUGGUAGUGCUGGGGAUUGUGCUGUGCUGCUGCCGAGCGCGGCGACGCAACGCCGGACACGUCAUCGCUACUGCGACGGUUCCUCCGGUUCCGCCGGGGCCGAACAACCUCGCGCGUUACCCGCAACAGCAGUACGCGCCGUACCCCGCGCAGGCGCCAGUGGUAGCAACGUACCCCGUGCAGUCACCGUACCCCGCGGCAGCCCCGUAUCCCGCGGCGGCACCGUUCUCAGCAGCGACCCCGUACCCAUCAGCGGCCCCGUACCCCGCAGCGGCGCCGUACCCCAUGCCGUGCCCGACGGCCAGCGCGCCGUCCGCUCCCGACGCCCACGCGAUGUUCUACGGCGCGUUGCCGUCGUCGACGCCGGUGCCGCUGGCGAUGGCGGUGCCGCCGCCCGGCUGGAGUACGCGAGCUCUGCCGCCGUCGUACGACCAGGUCGUGGGAGCGGCCAAGCACGGCGCCGCGCAGCCGCCGUACAACCCGCACGCGCCGCACUAGGCCCCGGCGCGGCGCGGGGCGGCGCGACACGAGGACGCACGCGACUUGUCGGCGCCCGCGGGAUGUCGUCGUUCAGUUGAAACGUGUACACGGAGCGAAAUUGAGUUUGCUUGUCUCAGAAUACUUUUGUUGCAAUGGCACAGCAUUUGGCUCGUUAUAUUUUGUCAACUCGGCCUCGAUCUAAAUCUGCGAUUCCUAUAUUUAUAUCAAAAGGAAAUACGUGGUUCGCUCCGUGGACUCGUCACAAUAUAGUAAAAGAGUGUGACGUCACAGUUGAACGACGCGGUUUAAGUUACAAGUAUAGGUUAUUGAAACGCCAUACGAGUGUUACCAAUGACAAACGAGUAUUGCACAAAACUACUUAGAUAGGAAAACAAUAAGCCGUCUCUGUUGUGCGCUCGACUGAAACUCAUUUUGACAGGACUCAUAUUAAUGCUGUUCCACAAUUAGUAUUUACUGCCGUAUUGAGGGUACCGAAGGGCGGUAAUAUAACGAUUUCCAGGCAAUUAUUUAAUUUUCCUUCAAUGAAACGCUCGGCGGAGGCGCGGCCACCGGCCACCGGCCACCGGCCGCUUGCUGAACAUUCGUGAUUACACGUGAUUACAUCAGUAUUUAAAAUGGACAAGAUUUAUAUAAGUUUAGCUACUACGAGAGAUUUUUGCAGAGAUUACUGUAGUGCUAAGAAUACUUUACUGUCAUUCGCAGCGUGUUCGCGCAAUUUUGCCGUCGCCGAAACGUAGCAGCGCAGUCGCGUUCGACAAAUAUAAUCGCUCCCCGAGGCGCUCCUGUCGUUUUUUGUACAUUUCUAGAAUAAAAUGACAAUUAUAUACAAAAGAAAUUACCAGAAAAUCUACAAUUAAAAUUUCCUGAUUUCGCUACCUUGUGUCUUCUGUGAUAAACGAAAUACGUCAGUGUAUUUACCUAAAUUUAGUCUCUCCCAUUGGCGUUACGGUCGAUGUUGUUACUUCCGAAUUAUGUUUUCGUACAGGGUGUCUAAUAAUUGUUAAUAGAGUACAUUAUUUUUCAACAUUAUCCUCGUCCAUGCAAAAUUGUUAUUAUUAAGACUUUUAGCUUUUAUAAAGAACGUUUAGUCGUUAAUUUGUCGGAAGGGUAAACCGAUGUAAAAUUAUUUCCUAAGCGCGACUAUAUAUUUGACAUUGUUAAAGCGGUUCGUUAGCGUUUUCCAUUGCCAAAUAUUCACUCAAAGCGUUUUGGAGAUUUGAACCUGCAUCGUGUAGGCGUGUAGGGAUUGUCCCAUGUAAUUUUGUUUGUUCGUAUGAACGUGGGCACUUUAAAACGCGGUUUUGGGAAAUAGUAGGAAGAGGAGCGCACGGCGGAUGGGCAUGCUCAAUUACUAAACUAUAAAGAACUAUAUAGGCUGGAAUGAAAGCGGACGUAUUGCAACCGUAAAGCCGCGCACCAAAAUCGCCGUGCUGCCGCGGUGCGGCCGCAGCCAGCGGCAGGAUUCCCGGCGACAGGCCUCCCGCGUCUGCGACAUUCACGAGUAUUAUCUCGCGCAUACGUCAUUCGUUCUGUUUCCACGCCGGCCUUUAUUGUUUAGUCUUUUACACCCUGUUAGUAGAUCCUGAGGGCGCAUAUAUUCUUUGCAACAAACGAAACGGUUCGGUUCCCGCCCGCGCUGAUCGAGUGCCACGAAUCUAUGUGCGAUAUUUCUAGCUGUAGAUACGUUGAUAUAUUUUGUGAGUAAGUAUAAAGUGAAUUUAUCGGAAACGACGUGUCAACAUUUAUGCAACAAUAUUUUAUGAAACCUUUCAAAUAUGAAUCGUCUUUAAGUGACCACAAUUUUUUCAUCUGUUGUUUCUAAAUGUUAUUUUUUUAGUCAAAGUAAUGCAAAGCAUUUAUUGAAUGUUAAGUAUGGGUAGCUUUAUUAACGUAAAUAAUAGUUAUCGUACUCUCGUGUUCGAAAAGGGCGAAAUAUCACCAAUUGUUGGAUGGCGUGCAAAAGAUCACAAAAAAAUAUAGACUUUCCGUAUAAGCGACGUGUUGUCAGAUCUUACCUUGUCCGGGAAGUGUUCGUGAUUUCUUGACAAAGGCCGGGCCGCUUUUAAUAUGUUUCACCCUUUCCUAACAAACUGUAUUUUGUUAUGACGAGUAAGUGUUCAAUGGAGUGCUCCUCUGUACAUUCGAUAUUAUAAUCGAAAUAGUGCAUAUGUUAUAGUGUAACCCAUUAUAUGAAUCUACAUGCUGAUGUCGCUCCUGUCGCAAACUCGACUAAAUCAAAAGAAAUUGACAAUUCGACCGCUUCACU